CAUCGACCCGACCAUGUGACGAGAAGCAGCACGCCAUCCGUUUGUGAGCACGCUCUCGCGCAAGUCUACUGCGCAACCGAAUCGGAGCUCGCUCGCGCACCUUCCUCGGGGGCUUAUUGUGUUGGGGGUUGAAAUCGAACACAACAAGGCGAAAGAGUUGCAACUGCUCCAACAGAAAGACCUCUUGAUUCGACUCCACAUUUGCCAAAGGGGGGUAAACUCGGAACGUGUCAGACAGUCAACGGUGAGCAUUCGACGCAUUCGGACGUGAUUUCUGUACUAUUUUACCCCCUGCACAGCGCAAGUGCAAUCGAAGUUUUCUCGAGACCCCCCUGGAGAUUCAGGUGACGUUUAGGUUCAAGGGGCGACCCAACAGCCCUUUCACCAUUUGAAUACAAUUCUUGUUCGAAGUGAAUCGAAAUUCCAUUUCGACACCUCUACGUGACUUCAGAGUCUGGACGGUAUUUUUUGGACACAGUGAAAGUGAAUUGUUUGCGUUACUCAUUAUAGGUGAAUUCGGGUGGUGCGCAGUGUGACACACAUAAAAAGUAUAAGCAAAGUGCGCGCAUCCGCAUCACUGCCAACCAAAGCAGGCCACCGACACGUUUCGUUGCGGUAGUAGUGCUCUCUGGUUCGGUUGCUUUGAUCGCGUAAUCUGUGACGUGAACUCUCGCGACGACGACGACGACGACGAACAGCGAGGACAGGGUUGCUACGAUCGAUCAACGAGAGCACAAGUGGAAGCAACCGCGAUCGAUAUUUCGGCUUGAGUGGAUCACGUUGGCCUCGGUCGGUGUGUUGGUGUUGUGAAACUUGAUCGGUAUUUUCUCUGUCGGUUCGAAAGGAGAAGGGUUCACUUGCAAUAAUCCGGAGGCAAGUGCGACAAAAUUGCACAACUUUCAAGCUUUUUUUUACCUAUUGGGGAAGGGAGCGAGUGUUUUUAAGUGUUUGUGAGUUUUUGUGUGAUCAAGUUUGUUUUGACGGGAAGUAGGAGGCUGUGCGAAAAAUCAACGAACUGCAGCGGCGGAAGACGUGACCUUCAACUGGUUUCGAAGACACGACACGAAGGCGGAGGUGCUCAAGAGGGAGAUUACGUUCAGAGGAGGAAGUCCAGUGUCAGAUGUUUUAAUGACACUGAAAUCGAUCACGAUGCAACUACGAAAACGUCUCACGGUCGGCUUCGUGCUGCUGAUGAUGGCCGCCGUUAUGACGGAGCAACUCAAUGCCAGUCCGAUGCAAGGACCGCAGAUGCACUUCCGGCCGCGGUACCCCCGAAGGGACAACUACGCGGCGUACAACAUCCACAAGACGUUCAAGGCACGGGACGUGAACGAACUGGACGCGAGCCAGGCCCGCAAGGCCAUGGUCGACGUUCAGCAGACGAUCGCCGAGGUUCAGCGUUUGUUAGCUAAGGACCCGACGCUCCCGAGGUUGACCAGGGGAGAGAUCGAAGAGCUAUUUGAGAACGUGACCCGCGAAGAAUUAGCCAAGUCGCUUCGCGAAGGCGAUCAGAACCGUGCUCAGCACAUGCGAGCCCUGAUGUUGGUUCUGCCAUACAACACCAACAACAUGAGCCCGGAGAACAUCCAGAACAUGUACACCCUGCCGCCGGUGACCAAGGUGGUGCAGAACGAGGUCGUCCCAAGGAAGCAAACCCUGCCCAAGAUCAUUCCAACGAAGAUGACAGCCACGACGGCGCGAACAACGCAGAGAAAGAGAAAACCAGCAACGGAAACUACGGAAGCGGCUUCAACGACGGCUGUGCCCAUUACAACGAUCCGUUUCACAACACCCAAGCCAACAACCUUCCAUCCGGCCUUGCCAAACGUUAUUCGUGACGAGGCCAAACCGGCUCAGACUAAACCAGCUAUUGUUUCCACGACACCCAUCACCGAAGUUCCGGUAACUGUAAUGGAAUACGUUACGAAGCCCAUUGAACCGGUUACCGAGAACGCUCCGGUCAAAUUUGAAAUCCCGAUCUCUACGACGGAGGAUGCCGUCAAGAACUCAGAGAUCAGCAAAAUCCUAGCUUCACUUGGCUUCGGUGAUGGCGUCCCACCAACCUUCCGACCUCUUCCAGUCGAGAUGACCACUCCGGCCGGAAUAGCCGACAUCAUCGCUGAGUUGACCACUCCAACUACGGAAAGCCCCUCCAAGGAAGAUGAAGAGCUCAGGAUGCUGUUGCGAUCCUUCGGACUACUGAAUGAUAAUCGCAACUCGGUUGGCCUUAAUCCACUUGGCGAUCCACUUGCUCUGAUCCCUGAAACGCUGACAGAAGUCCAGCCCUCGCAUCUGAUUCAGAGUGAAGAUCUGAAGGUCGAAGAACUGGAACCAGCUGCUCCAGCUAUGGCUAAGCCAGAUAUAAAACCAGACGAUUACGUCGCUUUUAAACCACUGCCAAGCGAUGCCCCGAAACUUGACGAAGGUCUGGACGCCUUGCUGAAGUCUUUCGGAAUCAUAGACAAUGGUGAUCGACAGGAGAAGUCAUUGAAAGCGGAGAGCAGUACGAUCAGCAGUGUCUCCAAUGCCGCAACGACCGAAAUGGAGGAAAUGCCCAUGAUCGACAAGGAUCUGGUCGUUCCACAGAUGGCUUCCUUGCUAGACAACCUGGGCAUUCAAACCAUGAAGAAGGAUCGUAAUGGCCGCAAAUUGACCUCCAGCAAAGAUUUUGAAGGAACGGAAAUGAAGUCCAACGGAGUCGCGUUUCGUCCGAAGAAGAAGUCCGAGAAACCCGAAAAGUUCGUCAACGAAGACUACCGCAAGCUCGAACAGCUGUGGGAAACCAUCCGGGAACUGGAGAAGCUGAACCCCAAUCUCACCGAGGAGUCCCUCGAAUCCCUAAACCUGAAGAACUUCAACCUCAGCGAAUCUCUCCUGUCGCAAGGACCGAACCCCCUCGAGAGCUACGACAUCAACCGAAUCAACGACAUCAAGAAGCGUCAGCAACCGACUACCGAGGACACGCCAACGCGAAUUUCCCUUGACCUGGCCCUCGCCGCCAACUCCUCCACCAGCAAUACCUCAUCGAACCAGGUGGAGAUCAUCUCCACGACCAGCGGAGAUCAACCGCGAUCCACCAUCCUAGAAAUUGAUUCCAGCGCAGACGCGCCCAGCUCAUCCACCACAACCACAACUACCACGACGGAAACUUCCAGCACCACUAGCUCGGACAAUUCGGCACGCUUCACGGCGCUGGAGGAAUCCUUCGGAGGCGGGGCGGAUCCUGUGGAACAGGAACCACUUCCACCACCACGGCGGAAUGGCUUCUACUUCCUCGCCGAUUGGAACUCGUUCCUGGAGGUGGGCGAAGACCCGAACAAGGUGGUGAUCAGCUUCCGACCGCAGGCCGGAGAUCCCAGCCGGUUCCUGCCGGUGAAUGUGCCGUAAAAGUGAGAAGAUCAGUGGUGGAGUCGUCGAUCGCGCGUUGAUCGACGGACUUCGGGGUGGGUGAUCGGGUUUGUAGAUUUCUUAUCCAGGCAGGGGUUGAGCUAGUUUUAUUCAAGGUACAUAAACGUAGCGACGAAAAUUUUAUGUAAAAUUCAACGUUAAAUCAUGCACACGAAGGAGGUGCAAGAAUUGUCACAAACUUCCAUUGCAUAUCGUGUAAAACUGCAUAAACAGCAUGUAAAUUCUCGCUGUUAGAGUCCAUGGCGGGUUAAAUUUACACGAUGUCAAUGUAAUUCUGGCAUUCCUUUUAAGUGUAGGAUUUCACGCUGAGCUUUACAUGGAUUUGUGUGUAGGAACAAAUGAAAAAUACUCUUUUGGAACUUUUGGAGGUACAUAAGGCAAACGAAAAAAAAUCUGUUUCAAACAAAAUCGAACGAAAAAAAAAUCUAGUUUUAAGUGAAAAUCUCUGAGAAUGAUUUUGUGAUUCUUUUCCCCGAUCGAGAAAAGAAGCAAAAUAUUACUGUUACUCAAACGAAUCCAAACUCAAAUAUCGAUGAAUAAGAUAGAUGUUUUUCCCCGGAUGGAAAGGUAACAUUCUUCAACGUAAAUCUGCUUUUCAGUCCAUGAUAAUUUUUUUUCUGUACAUAGGUAACUUAUAGAACUCGUAUUUAUUUGUAAAUUUGAACAAGAGGAUUAGAGAAAUUAAGGGUGAACAACUGUAACAGAGUGGAUGCAAUAAAGGAAAUGUGACAUAAUACA